AUGAUGGCGGAGACACAAGAGCCCAUCUCCACGCCACAAUAUAAGCCUCAUCCAACAGAGACUAUGAAAGCAGCCCUAUGGAUGGGUCGACGACAGAUCGAAAUCGCCGAGGUUGCCAAACCUUCCAUCACCGAACCAGCCGAUGCUAUCGUUCGAAUUACCCAUACCACGAUUUGCGGCUCGGACCUCUACAUAUAUGAAGGCGAUCUAGACAGGUCCAUGGAGAAAGGCAGGAUUGUGGGCCAUGAGGCUAUUGGCUUUGUGGAGAAGAUUGGGAGCGCCGUGAAUCGUCUCAAGGUCGGCGAUCGGGUUAUUAUCCUGCCCAUCAUUGCCUGUGGACAUUGCCGGUACUGCGAAAACCAACAAUUUGCAUUAUGUGAUACCACCAACGGGUCCAAGGAGAUGGAGAACAAGUACGGCUAUCGACUUUCGGGUAUCCUCGGAUCUUCAGAACUGAUGGGAGGAUAUUCCGGCGAUCAAGCCGAGUAUUGUCGCGUACCAAACGCAGAUUUGACUUGCAUAAAAGCACCCAAUGAUAUCUCUCCGAAGAAGCUCUUGGGUUUGGCAGAUGCCACAACGUCUGCUUGGCACGGAUGUGAAUUAGCCGAAGUUGGGAAAGGCGAUAUUGUAGGUGUUUGGGGCUGCGGAGCCGUGGGUUUGUCAAUCCAGCGCCUUGCAAAGUUGCGUGGAGCUAGUAGAGUAUUUGCAGUCGACAAAGACCAAACUAGAUUACAGAUUGCGAAGAGCUUUGGCAUGACCCCGGUCGAUGUGGUGGCACAUCCCAAUGUGUCCGACUACAUUCUGUCGAUCCAGCCUCACGGGCUAGAUUGUGGUAUAGAAGCCAGCGGGUUCCGUAGCAUCAACACGCCAAAGCAUGCGGCAAUGCGGUAUAUGAAAGCCGAGUCUGACAGUGGCGAUACUGUUCAUGCAGUCCUGAAAGCUACUCGCAAAGGGGGGCACAUUGCACUGAUUGGUGACUUCUUCUGUGGCACCAAUGACUUUCCUAUCGGAAUGCUUAUGGAAAAAGGAAUUACCGUAAGAGGCGGGCAAAAUUUCGGUCCAAAGUACUACCCACAUUUGCUUAACCUCGUGAUUGAGGAGAAAUACGAUCCUUCAUGGAUGUUUACGUACGAUGAUGAGUUUGAGAACAUUAGCGAGGAUUAUCGACUAUUCGCUCGACAUCAGAUUCCUGGCGGACUCAAAGUCUGUCUAACAACAAAAUAUGGUCGUCAAAAGUAUGGAUAA